UCGCAGUGAGAAUGAAUCGUUUGCUAUGGACUGCGGUGGCGCUGGUCGCCUUGAGUGCCUGCUGCCAGGGACAUCCGGACAUCGAAUUCCCCUUCGGCCGGAUCGUCAACGGCGUGAACACGACAAUCGAUAAGCACCCCUAUCAAGUGUCGAUCCAGACGAUCAAGAGCGGCUCCCACUUCUGCGGCGGAAGUCUGAUCGAUUCGAUCACCGUCGUGACCGCCGCCCACUGCAUGCAGUCCUAUGCAGCCAGCGAGAUUCAGGUCCGUCUGGGAUCCACGUACAGGAACUCCGGCGGUGAGGUGGUCAGCGUGAGGGCCUUCAAGUACCACGAGGGCUACAACAGCACGCUGAUGAUCAACGAUGUGGCCAUCAUCAAGCUGAGCACUCCCGUUCGCCAGACCUCCCUGAUCCGGGCCAUCGAACUGGCAAAGGAGGAGCCCGUCAGUGGAGAAAAGGCCGUGGUUUCCGGCUGGGGCACCACCUGCUUCCUCUUGUGCUCCUCCCCGAAUUACCUUUUAGAGGUGGAGGUGGAACUUCUGCAUAAGAGGGACUGUGGCAGUAGCACCUAUAAUUACGGAGACUCGAUCGGUGAUACCAUGGUCUGUGCCGCCGGCACCGACGUGAAGGCUGACGCCUGCCAGGGUGACUCCGGCGGUCCCCUGGUGUCCAACGGCCUGCUGGUCGGCAUCGUGUCCUGGGGCAACGGAUGCGCUUGGACCGGCUACCCGGGCGUCUAUGCCAGUGUCAGCGAGCUCUGGCUGUGGAUCGUUGAGAACAGUGCAUCGUUGUAGACAGAAUGAAUAAAUGGAAGAGUAUUUUU